AUGAAAGAAAUUGGUCUUCAAACAAUAAGAGAAUUAGCAUCAAUUGUAUUCCAACAAGAAGUUUUUCUUUAUGAUGAAAAGAUUUAUAAACAAAAUCUUACGGAUACUAAGGGUGCUUCUCUUACAUUAACAUUAGCUAAUAUAUUUAUAUGGGAAUGGCAAACAGAAUUCGUUCGUCGAGCAGAUAUAUCAAAUGAAAUUUAUGGCCGUAAAACUCUGCCAUCUCUUGAUAUUCAUCUAACUAACAACAAUGGUAUUCUCUCAACAUCUGUUUAUCAUAAACCAGCCGUUAAACCUUAUGUUGUACCAUUUAUAUCUGACUAUUCUCGACAUAUAUUUGGUAAUAUUGUACAAACAGCUAUUACACAAGGUCUACACUAUUUAUCUACAUAUGCAGCAUUUAAUUAUGAAUGA